UUCCAGAUUCGUUAAACAAUUCGAGCCGACAAUGUGGACGGUCGAGAUCGCCGAGUCAUCUCUGCGCGUCCUCUCCGUCUCACUCCGCCACUCUCGCCGACCAUCCGGACGAUGUCGUCGGCCCCGGUGCGGUGCUCCGCCCGCUGGAUCUCGUCACCGCAGCUUAACAAUGGCGCCUCUCCCCCGAGCUUCACCUCUAGGGUUUCGCCCUGCGGCAGAGCACGUCGGAGAGUUUCCUCUUUGUGCUCGUUUGUAGCCCCCAUGUGCUGCUCCAAGAAUGAUCAUGGUGAGGCGGAUGCAGGUCAUGUUGGGGAUGCUGAAGUGGUGUCUGUGGAUCCGACUGGUUCGGAGCAGUGUGGUGGCAAACAAUCUAUUCGAUCAUUUUCAUCGAAAGAGUUGCUGCAGAAGUUAAAGAGAUAUGGUACUGCAGGGGUAUUAUCGUAUGGGCUACUUAAUACUGUAUAUUACCUCUCAACUUUUCUCUUGGUCUGGUUUUACUUUGCUCCAGCUCCUGGUAGGAUGGGCUAUGCUGCAGCUGUUGACAGAUUUCUCAAAUUAAUGGCGAUGGUGUGGGCCGGCAGCCAAGUAACCAAAAUCUUACGAGCAGGAGGGGCACUUGCGCUAGCUCCUUUUGUUGACAGAGGAUUGUCAUGGUUCACAGUCAAGUUCAAGUUUGAGUCUGAAACAAAGGCAUUUGCUGCGAUCGUAGGUCUAUGUUUUGGACUGGCCCUUCUCUUGUUCCUGGGGUUGACAUUGCUUUGGGCGUAGACAUUCAAUUAAUAAGGGGAAUCACUUUGAGAUACAUUACGAAUUAAGAAAUUAUUUUGUUGCGUAAAUUUCUCAUGUUUUUGGUAGUAGAUGAUUGUCAAUGUUACAUUAUAUGUAAUGUUCAUUAUAUUGCAACAAAUAUUGUAUUAGUGUCAUUAAACAUCUUCCCAAUUUCAGGUGAGGAAUCUGGAGGUAGAAAUUUAUGCUGUUUUCUAUUUCGGAAAAGCUGACCCAAGGAAGAAAAGAUUGUUUUCAGUAAAUUUAUUAUCAAGCCUAGUAUUAUUUCUGCACCUUUUUGGUUAAACUUCGGGAAUUGUCAAACUUUGAGAAGGUCAUGUAAUUUUGGAAUGAUACCUAUCAUUACAAAUUGUGGUGUACAAAAUCAGUUUGAUAUAACUUGUAUGUAUAAAUUAUUUUAUUAGCUGUUGAUCUCUCAGUAAACCUCAUAUCAA